AUGCCGCGUCAGGGCAGCAAGAUAUGGAAGACUAUCAAGGAACUUGGGGGGGAUAUAGUGGGGAUAAGAUCACAAUUAAAGGUCUUUCUGCACGAAGCUGACAAUGUGGCCGACUCCAAGGGAAAAGUCGACUCUGAGGCAAAAGUUGACAAUAUCACUCAAGAAGUCGACAGGAUGUUCUUAGCUGCAAGUAGCAACGAUGAGCGAAAAGAGGCGAUCAAAGCUGGCCACAACCGGCUUCUUGAAUUGGUGGAUCAGCCAAUGCUUAAUGAUCUUCAAGCGAAGAUGUCGCGGGCCGAAGAGAGGGACGACAAAGAACUCUGCCGCACAAUAGCUGCAGGAUCAUUUGAUUCCAACCCAAAAGCCAACUUGGGUCCUAUCGAACUUCGAUCCAUGGACGAUCAUGAUCUAGACCCCAUAGAGAUUGAUCUUAAAAUAUACCCUCAUCUCGAAGAUAUUCGUUAUCAAGUUUGGUCCAAAUCCUGUUCAGGAGUACCAUGCGAUCUUCGGUUCUGGAACGAAUUGUCACAUUGUGGUCAAUUCUCACUUAAAUGGGAGCUUGCGCGCCAUCAGGGAAUGAAUGGGCUCAUAGAUCCUGGCGUACGUCGUCUCUGGUAUGUCGACGCCGGGUUAAGGUCAAAGGAGUAUACGGUUGUGACCGUGCGCACAGAAGCGGAAAUUCCAUUUGCAAUUGACGUGGAGAAAUCAUGGAGCUCCUGCUGCGAUAAAAAGUGCCUCAACAUAGAAGCGCAUCUUAACAACUUGUGGAAGUCACGAGGAUGGGUGGUUCGCAACGUGUUACUCGUACAGAAUGAGGGUCCAGUGUCCAAGGAGGCCCAUUUCAAUUCAGCAAAUGCCCUUCCGAACGAAAACUGGCUAUACGUCAUUAUUAAGACAACAAUAUAA